CAUAUCCCUCGAUUCGAUAUCCUUCGUCAAUGCUAUCGGCUAACAGAUAAGCACUAAAAAAAGAAAUGUCCCGACCAUCUGCUUCUAAUCGUACGGACGGUUAUUCUCAAGAUUUAAGUGCUCAAAAGAUCAUUUUUCGCUUCUCUGAGAAGCACGAGGAUCGACACUCGAAUGCGAAUACCGGAUGCACGAGUGCGUGAAGAAUUUAAUCGGUCUUCGGUGACGUUUUCCGACGAUUAUCGCGGUAGAUCCCGGGGUGGAAUCCACGUCGCGAGAAGGCGUGGCAGAUUGAAAUUACGCGCUGCGCGCGUCGGCGGUGGCGACGCGGCGCGUCGAGCGUCGGAAUCGCCGGGCGACGGAUGUGUGCGAUCCGCGGCCGUUCGCGAGAGGUGGCAAGGUAUCGAGGACUCUCGCCGUCGUCGGCCAUAGUGAGAAAAUGGCGGGUAUUAGCUUACGUGAAUGACGACGACGACCGUGCGCUCCCGAGAGCUUAUUGUCGUGCAGUCGCGGAGGGUAUCCGAGUGCGCGGUGUGUGCUUCGCCCGCGGUACAAUUAUACCAGCGGGGUAACUGUGUGUCAUAUGAUUUAUCUGGGGGGUAAAGAUGCAGAAUGUAGCACAAGGAUCGACCUCGCAUAGCAAGAAAAGCCACGAGAAGCAAUCAGCGGUAGCAACGGCAACGGCAGCGGCAGCGGCAGCGGCAGCAGCAGCAGCAACGGCAGCGGCAACGGCAGCAGCAGCAGCAGCAGCAUCGCCGCCGCCAUCGUCCUCGACGACGAACGUUCACCGGGAAGACACUGGGAAAACGUCGUCGACUCCCCAGUCCUCGAAUUCAAGCCCUACGAAAUCGGAGACUGAGACCUUCUCCGAGCUGCAGCCGCGCUUUAUGACAGACUCGUCGGAGAGCGAGGAGGACAGCGUUUCCGAGGUGGACGGCUUUCCGAUCGAUCAGGUCGAAUUGGACGAAGAUCAUCCCGAGUCGUCGAAAUACCUAUUGACGACUGACGAUUCCGAGCGCUCCGUGGACCCCGAGACCCAGGCGCGCCUCGAGGCACUACUUGAAGCGGCCGGCAUCGGGAAGCUGUCGUCGGCCGAUGGGAAGCAGCUGGCCGACCACGAGGUGCUCCGUCGCUUAACGUCGAGCGUGUCCUGCGCGUUGGACGAGGCCGCGGCAGCAUUAACACGUAUGCGCAGCGAUAAUCCGCGUACGCCGAACGAAAAGCGCUCCCUCAUCGAGGCAUGCACCGACGGUGACGUCGGUACCGUUCGGAAAUUGUUAACGGAGGGCCGGAGUGUCCACGAGACUACCGAGGAGGGGGAGAGUCUGCUCUCUCUGGCGUGCUCAGCUGGUUACUACGAACUUGCUCAGGUUCUUUUGGCGAUGAAUGCUAAUGUAGAAGACCGUGGCAUCAAGGGGGACUGCACCCCUUUGAUGGAAGCUGCUAGUGCGGGGCAUGUAGAUAUCGUAACUUUGCUGAUUGCUCACGGGGCUGAUGUAAAUGCUCAGUCUACAUCAGGCAACACACCUCUCAUGUACGGAUGCGCUGGUGGACACGAAGAGGUCGUGCGUGUCUUGUUAGAUGCAGGGGCCAAUGUUGAAGAUCACAAUGAGAAUGGUCAUACACCUCUAAUGGAAGCAGCGAGCGCCGGGCACGUUCAAGUCGCUAAAAUCUUGCUUGAACGUGGAGCUGGCAUCAAUACUCAUUCCAAUGAAUUUAAAGAAUCUGCAUUGACAUUGGCUUGUUACAAGGGACAUUUAGAGAUGGUUCGCUUCUUGCUAGAAGCUGGCGCAGAUCAGGAGCAUAAAACGGACGAGAUGCAUACCGCUCUCAUGGAGGCAUCAAUGGACGGUCACGUCGAAGUUGCGCGUUUACUUUUAGAUUCCGGUGCCCAAGUAAAUAUGCCGACGGAUAGUUUCGAGUCGCCAUUAACAUUAGCUGCUUGUGGGGGUCACGUGGAUUUAGCGAUGCUUCUGAUCGAACGUGGAGCAAACAUCGAGGAGGUGAACGACGAAGGGUACACGCCGUUGAUGGAAGCAGCGCGUGAAGGACAUGAAGAAAUGGUCGCUUUACUUCUAAGUCAGGGUGCAAACAUCAAUGCCCAAACUGAGGAAACUCAGGAAACUGCGCUCACCCUGGCUUGUUGCGGCGGUUUCUUGGAGGUUGCCGAUUUUUUAAUCAAAGCGGGAGCGGAUAUCGAGCUGGGCGCAUCUACUCCCCUAAUGGAGGCUGCGCAGGAGGGACACUUAGAUCUUGUCCGAUAUUUGCUGGAAUCUGCGGCGGAUGUUCAUGCUCAGACACAAACGGGAGAUACGGCAUUGACAUAUGCGUGCGAAAACGGUCACACUGACGUUGCUGAUCUUUUAUUGCAAUUUGGCGCUGAUCUAGAACAUGAAUCGGAAGGCGGUAGAACACCACUAAUGAAAGCUUGUCGAGCGGGCCAUUUGUGUACUGUCCAAUUUCUGAUCUCGAAACGCGCCGAUGUUAAUCGUCAAACAACAAACAAUGAUCAUACACCACUUUCGUUGGCAUGCGCUGGAGGUCAUCUGGGUGUAGUUGAGCUGCUCCUCGCACAAUCUGCGAAUCCAUUUCAUAAACUGAAAGACAACUCAACAAUGCUCAUAGAAGCAGCAAAAGGAGGUCACACUCCUGUAGUCCAACUAUUGUUGGAUUAUCCUCACAGCAUUAUGAUGAGUGCUCCUCAUACUGCUGCACCUGCGCCCAUGUUAUUACCGCAGCAGCAGCAACAGCAGCAGCAGCCGCCACCGCAACAACAGCAGCCGUCGCAACAACAACAGCAGCAGCAGCCACAGCAGCAUAUGAGUCAUCAGCAACAUAUACCUCUUAUGCAGCAGGCAUCUGCGCAACCACAACAACAUCCACAACAGCAGCAGCAGCAGCAGCAGCAACAGCAAACCGCCGAGCAACAACAAGCGCAAAAUCUUCAACCUAAACACAAUACGCAAAAAUCAUUAUUGAGAAAGAAUCGAUCAGUAACUAUGAUGCCCGAUAUGAGCCUUACUUCUGCCGAAGCGCAACAAGUUCGUUCGCAGCCCGCAGGAGAAUCAACCACUACUACCAAGGACGAUACCAAUAUUCUCGAUAAAGGCAGUGGGGGUUUUACAAGUUUGUCAGAACCUAAUAUUAGUCUUAGUCCAACGCCAGCAGCGUCAGCGCAAGUGAUACAUGUUGGCGAAAGUCGGAAAGCUAUAUCUAGACACGAGCACCACCUUCAGAAGCAACAAAUACUUGAGGACAUACAUCAACCACAAGAUCCUAGCGAGACAGAAGCAUUAUUACCAGGCAUGCUGAAUAUUGACUUGCCAGCCCAGUCAACUUCUCCUCACGGUUUGGUUUGCAAUACAACUGGUGCAUCUGGUGGUUCAUUGGUGUAUCAAACAGCUAAUGAAAUGGUGUGCGGCUCUUACCUCGACGCUAAGCUAGCAGGGUUGCCAGCUGUACAGUACCAGAAAGCAGUUUCCGUGGUUCCAACAGCGACGGAAACGUUCCCCACAAAUACAUUUCCUUCGUCGCCUCCAUUGUCUCUUGCUCCGUUACCUGUCGCGGCCACUACUACUGUCUCGCUCAUUAGUGCUACUUCUUCAACAACGCCGAGUCCGCCGAGCAUCUGUACCCCUCCAACCGUUAUAGCCGUUUCCCAAUCACCUAUUACUGCGAGCAGUGACGUCAGCCAGAACACCGCUAUAAGUGAUCGUCCGAAAGCUAAGCCUGUGUCCAAGAAGGAAGGAAAAAACGUGCGAAAAGCUACAUCCAGCAUGGGGAUGGCAAAGUUACAGCAGACACAGGCAAGUAUAAUGGCUGGACUUCACCAACAAUAUCAGCAGAAGCAACGCCAGCAUCCCUCCUAUCAAGUGCAACAAGUUCAGCAGCUGCAGCAGCUCAACCAGCAAUUGCAGCUACAGUUGGAUCAAGUGCAGAUACAACAACAAUCGCAGCAACCGCAAUCACAACCGCAACAAUCUCACCAACAAGCUCAUUCACUGCAGCAAACAAAUAUAGUUGCUAAUAAUACGGGUAGCAUACUCAUGCCCACUCAAUUGAUGUCGCACUUGCAUCCUACGCAUCAUCAUUUGCAGCAAACGGCGCAAGAUAAUCUUCCCGAGCAAACGGAUCCUGAGUUAACGCGAAAGUACAGAGAAAGCGCUUGCGCCGCGUUUUUUACUGGCGCCCAAAAAUCUAAAACCUUCUCACCUAACGAAAGAGUGAAAUUGGACUCGGAUCUUCCUAUCGACGAUGCGUUUGAAAUUUUUCGUUCCUUUAAUUUCGACGAUGCAGUUGACACAACAGAAGAUCAAGAGAAGCUUGAACUGAAAAGAUUGGAUGUAUCGAAUAAUAAGGAACAACAACAGCAGCAGCAGCAUCAACAACAACAACAACAACAGCAACAACAACAACAACAACAUUUGCAUGCUACUCAAAUAGUUCAAGGCGGAAGUCCUCAUGCAUCCCAAGAGUAUUUUACUCCCGUAUUGUCAGUACCUUCGGUGUCUUUACCGGCCUUACCAUCAUUGCAAGUGACCAGCGCAGGCGUUCAAAUAGAGGCAGACAUAUCAGCGGGCUUACAACUAACAAGUACGCAAUCCUUGCAAAAUCCGACCCUGAAAAAUCGUCUGAGAGCCUUCGAGGAAGGUUUUCGCCAAGGUAGCAUACAUUUUCGUGAAUGUAUGCAGCAUAUUAGCAGCGAUUCUUUUCAACCUCAGUUGUUGCUUCAGUCUUCUCAACUAGCAUUUCCUGCGCAAACGUUACCAGCUGUGAGUGGCGCAACGGGAAUAAUAGAUAGUAUACAUCCUCAUCAAUCGAGCAGUUACGUGCAAUCUACAACUUGCAGCACUAAUCAAGUUCAAGUUGCUACACAGACUCAAUCGCCUGUUACUACAACAACUACGAACGUUGCUACCUCUGAUAAGAAACAAGUAUAUACUGCACCGACCACCGGCAAGGGCAAGAAGGCUAGAUAUCCUCUUUUAUCUCAACAACAGUCUUGCCAGCAACAACAAACUGCCACUACUCAGCAAACUCCGAAUUUUCCUUCGCAAAACUAUCAGCUAGAUCCAGCAACAGGUGUUCCGACAGUGGGAGGAUAUGCAUCCAAUCAAGUUCCACCCGCUCCUUUCUCUUGUAUGGAUGUUGAUUCAGAAACUGAUAGUAAUCACGAUACUGCGCUAACAUUGGCGUGUGCAGGAGGACAUGAAGAUCUCGUUGAGCUUCUCUUGAGUCGUGGUGCGGAUAUAGAACAUAGGGAUAAGAAAGGAUUUACACCGCUUAUUUUGGCCGCGACGGCUGGUCAUCAGAAGGUAGUUGAGAUUCUACUCAAUCAUGGAGCUGAUAUAGAAGCGCAAUCCGAACGUACCAAGGAUACACCACUAUCUCUCGCAUGUAGCGGAGGUAGAUAUGAAGUGGUCGAGCUUCUGCUGAAUCGUAAUGCGAACAAAGAACAUCGCAACGUUUCUGAUUAUACCCCCUUGAGCCUUGCUGCAUCCGGUGGUUACGUGAAUAUAAUUAAGCUUUUACUGAGCCAUGGAGCCGAAAUUAAUUCCCGUACUGGUUCCAAAUUGGGAAUAUCACCUCUAAUGUUGGCUGCUAUGAAUGGUCACACCGCGGCAGUCAAACUACUUUUGGAUAUGGGCAGCGACAUCAAUGCGCAAAUUGAGACAAAUCGUAACACAGCUUUAACGCUCGCAUGUUUUCAAGGAAGACAUGAAGUUGUUAGUCUUCUUCUUGAUCGGAAAGCCAACGUUGAACAUCGUGCUAAGACUGGUCUCACCCCAUUAAUGGAGGCUGCUAGUGGAGGCUAUGUCGAAGUGGGACGAGUGUUGCUUACCAAAGGUGCCGACGUUAACGCGACUCCAGUCCCGUCAUCUCGUGAUACUGCCCUUACUAUUGCCGCUGAUAAAGGACACUGCCGAUUCGUAGAACUCUUAUUAUCGAAAGGGACGCAAGUUGAGGUAAAAAAUAAAAAAGGGAACAGUCCUCUAUGGUUAGCUGCAAACGGCGGGCACCUCAAUGUUGUAGAUUUGCUAUACCAUGCAGGUGCAGAUAUAGACUCUCAAGAUAACCGUAAGGUUUCUUGUUUGAUGGCUGCGUUUCGGAAGGGUCAUAUCAAAGUCGUAAAAUGGAUGGUAAAUCAUGUAACGCAAUUCCCAAGUGACCAAGAGAUGACGAGAUACAUAGCGACUGUUAGCGAUAAGGAACUUUUGGAAAAGUGUCAAGAGUGUGUGAAAGUAAUAAGAGCCGCGAAAGAGACACAGGCCGCUAAAGCAAACAAGAAUGCGACUAUACUAUUGGAAGAACUCGAUAUGGAGAAGACGAGAGAAGAAUCGAAGAAGGCGGCCGCCGCGCGAAGACGGGAGAGGAAGAAAAAGAAGAAACUCGAGAAAAAGGAGGAGAAGCGCAAACUUCACGAGGAGUACAAGAAAAGUGAGACAGCUUUCGAGGAUAAGGAAGAAAGCGGGAAGAAGUCGGAUGAGGAAUGUGAUCGAGCCGACGACAGCGAGCAUGAGGCCGGCGACGAGAGAAUGGAGAGCGUGCCGUCUCCUGUGAACAGAAGUCCGGAGGAUCCCGACAGAGAAGAGGGUGAUAGUGGAAUAGAUGCGAACAGCCAAGGUAGUUGUAGUAGCAAUGACGUUAAAGCAAGAGAGAAAAAGAAGGAUAAAAAGAAAAAGAAGAACAACAGUCCUAGUAACAACGAUAAGGAUACGUCCCCGCAACGUUCGUCCAAGACUCUCCUCUCACAAAACACCAACUUAUCUCAAAGCACAGCGACAUCAACCAAAUCUCAGAAUAACACUUCGGAAAAGCGAAUUAUGACUAAUGUUACCAGUGCAGUAUCGGUAUCAACAUCCUCAGUCACAACCACUAGGUCAUCCACUACCGUCAAUUCCGACCGAAAAUUGAAAGGUCAAUUAGUUUUUGAGUCUUCUUUAAGACAUCCUGCGGAUAGAGAAGAUUUUGAAGCAACUGGUAACGAGACUUACGUUCCUGGCAAAGGAAAGAAGUCUUACAACAAUCAAUACGAUGGAGAUUUAAAUAUAUCUGCGAAGGCGAGUAACACUAGCCCCAAGCAAAGCGGAAAACGCGAGGAAGGCUGGAGGGAAGUCGUACGAAAAGGACAAUCUGAUGAUUCGGGAAGAUUUAUGAACUCACCAUUUCGUUCAAAAAAAGUAUCUGUACCUCCAAAUGCUAUCAGCCGAGUAAUAGGUAGAGGUGGCAGUAAUAUAAAUGCUAUUCGUGUUGCAACGGGCGCGCAUAUUGAAGUAGAAAAGCAAAGUAAAUGUCAAGUGGAAAGAAUCAUUACAAUUAAAGGAUCAACCGAAGCAACAAGGCAAGCUCAUUCCUUGAUAACAUUACUUAUUAAAGAUCCAGAGGCAGAUAUAACGCUGGUGCUUCCAAAAUCCAAACUUAAUGUCGUAACAACCUCGUCGUGGGACAAGUCUGUCUCUACUGUUGCUGCAAGUAAAACGAAAAUUGGUGGGUCUGUUAAUAAACCACCUAAUCUGACAUCCAGUACAACCAGUAGCCAAGUUAAUAAAUCAGGAUACUCUUCAGGUGCAUCUAUUAAUCCAUUGGUUCCUGUUCGUUCAUCGUCUAGCGUGAAACUUGCCAGUGCUUUCCCUACUUCUUUGCCACGUGCGACAGCGCCUAGACUCAUGGCCGCAGCGGAGAAACGUGCGCAAGCUGUGGCUGCCCAAAUGGCGUCCUCGUCGAACACGAAGACGACGAUGUCGUAUACGAGUGCGAUUAUGACUGCCGGUAGAGCAGGGACAAAGAUUGUCACGACCAGCACGACGCAGACGUUCGCGGCAAAGCUAUCCGAGAUCACUGCCUCGACCCACAGUUCUACCACCGUCAUGCAGUCUACUCACACCGUGCCCGUGAACAAGCAACAGAAGCCCAUGGCACAAGCCGCGCAGACUGUGACUAUUAUGUCGGCCACAUCUGCAGCAACCGCCCAUACAACCAGCCAGCAACAGUCCGUAGUCAGUACGUCGCCGAAACACUGCCGAUCACUGCCCAUCUUGUCCGCUCCGUCGGCGAUAGCAUCCCACUAUCCUGGAAAGUCCAGUUUUUCCCCUGGAACGAUUGCGAUCUCGUCAUCGUCGGCCACGAACGCCGUAGUGACGAUGAAUUGCCCAGAAAGUUCGAUCAACUCGACAUCAGCAGCUAGUUCCGUACGAGUGACACCCUCGCCACCGAUUGUAUCGUCGCUGCAGAUGCAAACAUUGCCGCCGCCGCCACCGACGGGGCAACAGCAGCAGCAACCGAUGCAGCAACAGCAAUCGCAGCAGGGUAUUCGCAGCGCCACACCGGUCGUAACUCAGGAACAUCAGCAGCAACCACAGCAGCAGCAGCAGCAACAGCAGCAGCAGCAGCCUAGCAGCACGCCUCUCGAAUAUUCUCUGUUUAACGAUACUUUUACCAAAGUCGCGCAACAGUCCAUGUGGGGAGGAAGAGAAAACGAAACCCAAAAGGGCAUGAACUUUGCGACCGUUGCAGGCGGUGGUGUAUCGUCAAACACGAAUUCUGGCUCAUCUACGGCUAAGUUUGAUAGUUCCCCACCGCAGGUAGAUGCAUCCAAAGCUCCGGGGUAUCGCGGUACAACCAUGUGUUCUCCGGUUUCCAGCAAGCCGGGUAGCACGAGCAAUGUAUCGACCAAUGUAAUUGGCAACGUGGUAACAGGCUCCGUGCAUAGCAAUCCGAUGCAGUCCGCGCAGUUUCAAUCUUCGACAAGUUAUAGCGAACACCCGCUGCCGAACAAGCCGCCCGGUAGUCUAGCAGUGGCCAGACCAGUAAUACCCCAACAGAACAUAGACAUGGGGACGAGCAUGGCGGCGCAGUUCAACAGGCCAGCGGUGUUUCAGGGUGACCUGACAACGCGCAACACGACGACGCAUCAGCCGGCUACGCACGUAAUACCGUCCACGUCGCAGCCGGCACUCGACGUCAAUCUGUUCAAGGCGGCGAACAGCGGCGGUGGCAGUUACGAGCAUCCGAACGUAAACUCUAGCCUGUUGAAAAUGAUGCCGAACGAUAGUCAGAGUGGCGCCGGCCAUUCUUUACUACCGUUCCAUCCUCACAUGCAGAGUUUCGCUCAGACUAUCGCACCAUCCGUUUCUGUGAGCAACACCCCCGUCAAUGAGUCAAGAUUGAAUCCGCGUGCACCCGACUUUUCGAGUUCGCUUCAUUUAAGCAAUAAGCCGCAGGUGAUGUUCAAUGCUGCCGCGGCCGCAGCCGCCGGACCGGCGGGAAUGCACCCAGCCAAUAUGUUUGCCGCCCCUGUGCCAGCGCCGCCGCCGUCCGCGAUACAGUCCAACAAUCUCGCGAUGCUCGGCAACUAUCCGCUGGGAAAAUACCAGGCGCCGUCGCGGGCAACGCCGGCAGCAAACACCGGGAUCUCGACGACGGUUCAGACGACCCGCUGGCCGUUUGCCACGCCGACGCCGCACACCAGCUACCGGCCGCAUCAGGAUCCUAUGAUUAGUCAAAUGGGUUUCUCCAAUCAACUGGCAAACAUCGGCGGUCAACCCGGCGGUAGCAUUGAUUUGAUCACGAGCUUGGAGAACGGUGGUUCACCGGCCAUAUCCCCCUCGUCACCGGCGCAAGUCGCUCAGGAGAUGAGCCAAUUGAAGAUCGAGGACCGUAAGGUGCCACGGCCAAUUGGUACCGAAAGGGCGAAGAUAUGGAAAAAUUAUUCAUCAACUGGAUUAGGUCCGGGCGGAGACGCCGAUUCAAUGGGUUGGAUGAUCAACGAGAAGCUAGCAUGGUCGAAUUGCAACCUGGCGCCUGGUCUCGACAGGCACCAGAUGUUUCGAUCGAAUCCCACUUACAACCAACGUAUACCUAACGUCGAGCCUGAGCUCCAUCAGAUGAUGGAUUCUACCUUCCAGGGCCAUGUAAAUGCGCAACAACCGUUCCCGACUAACGGAAAUACGCCAUUGUCACUCAUGCCAUUGGCGUUAAUACCGGGGCAGUAUGGUGCGUCCGAUAUGCAAGAAAUCCAGCCGAACGAGCAGAAUAAGAUCGAUCCACCUGCGUGGGGAAUGUCUGAUACCGUACAAGACAAACAACAUCCGGCGUGGACCCCUAAAUGGACCCAUUAAAGGGACAAGAACCGUUUGUGGUGGCAUAGCUUCGACCUCUGAAUAAAACAUAUUUUCAUGUUUUGAUCUGACGAUGAGAAAUGAAAAAGAUAAUGGCAAAAUAGUCAGGGAUCACUGGAUUCAAUUAUUUGUAGGCACAUAAAUUAUAUUGCGAUCUUAUUAUAUUCAUUCAAACCCAGAUUCUUAAUAUUACUUGUCACACUAGGGGAUAAGACGACGAAUCCUUAAUUAUUCAAUUUAUUGUUAUCACUAAUAUAUCUCCCGAGUUGAUUACAGAAUAUAAGCAGUGUUCAACAGUGAGAGGGAGGGAGAAAGUCCGUGUCGGUUAAGGAAAGUAAUGUAGAAUAAUGAUAACGUGAUUACAAUUGUAUAAUUAUGUUUACCGGAUCUACAUGUCAUCGCAUAACAGAAUAUUUUCAGUGUCCUGUUGAGGUCUUUUUCUCAGCCGCGCAAACUGUUUUUUGCGCCGUCAUCAAUUGCCAUUCAGCAGGGAUAUGCCACUCGCCGAGUAUACUAAUAAUGAUUAUUUCUAUCUCAAAAACCGAUCUGAAUUUGCAAUAUUCGGCCUGUAUCUCGAAAUACCAUUCGCCAGAUCUGCCAUAAUAAUCCAGAUACGCAAAAAAUUUAUGUUUCGUAUCGACUUCAACAAUGGCUUACAUUUUGUUCAAAAUUUUGUCAGUGAGCAAUCUGUAUUAUUAUGACAGAUUUGUGGCGAUUCAAAUAAACAUCGCGAUGUGUUUUACAUCGCUGCCACUUCAGCCUCUCUGGAGUAGCGAUGUUAAACUUGAUUGAAAAAUUUUGAAACAAAUACGAAUUAUCCGAGUCAAAGUUCUCGCUUCGGAUUACGAUUGAUUUAAAUCACGAACUGCUUAUGCCGAGGAUAGCUGUGCUCCUAGCACCAUAUCGAACGAUAGGCGACGAAAAUUACCGUGUUUACUACUUAGAAUGCUGUAAAGAAAAUGCUGUAAUCUUACGAGCAGUGAUACAAUCGUGUAAAUAAUUGCUUCGCAAAACGGGUGAUUCUGAUUACUUCCACGCUGCAAAUUGUGAGAACCGGGGGAAGACGGUCCGGAUGGAAAACGAGAGGGAUGUAAGGGGGGAUCUUGGGGGAACCAUUGGCUUCUUCGAACCUGGGGAUACAUAUUGCUCUUCUUCCACCUUCUUGCACCUACGCUUAAACUCGUCACUGUCACUCCCGAGUUUGACUGUCGCUUCUAAGCCACCAUGUCCCAGAACAGAUAUGUAGUAAUUAGGAAAUGAAAAAAAAAGACAAAAGAGGAGAAGCGUUUCUUCUCUUGUAGUUCUCGAGCGUUUCUUAUAAUUCUCGAACGUCGAUUGCGUCUAAUCGCACUUCGAAAAGCGUCCGAACUUGGUUCGCAUAGACGAACGACUGUAUAGACCUUUCUCUUAUUGAUGAUUUUUAUGUUGCGUCAUCGAAGAUACGAACAAAAUACGAAAACGUUGAGCGACGUUGUUCCGACCGAUUGCCUGAUUGAAUCGAUAUUUUCGUUGUCCAGCCGUUCCGGUUUUACAUGUUGCGUUUGUUUUGUAGGCGCAAUCCUUCACCGGGUAAUUAACGAUCGUAGCACGAAAUCGCGCCCUGUGUCGGGCAGAUCUAUCGAUUGACAUGAUCUUAGCGAGUUUUUAUCGAGCUCACGUACACAAGGACACGCAGAACACGAAAAUUCUAUUACUGUACCGUACACCGCGCGUAAAUGACCAGGUUCUUGGAAAAAAAGAAGUCGAAUUUACGUAAGCGUUACAGGAAAAAUGUGUUACGAAUCGAAAUACGCAAUGUAACUAAUAAUAUAUAUACCGAAUCCUAUUCAGAUCAAUGAAUACAGUUUAUUGUAAAAGUGGUAGUGGGCCGCCAAACGCAUGAGGAUAUAGCCGUGCGUCUCUAGUACGACAGUGCUACUAUAAUAUUAUUAUUGCUGUGGUGGUGUAAUAAUGUUUAUUAUUAUAUUAUGGUUAUUAUUACACGCAAAACGUAACUAUAGGAAAGAAAGACAAAAAAGAAAAAAAAACAGGUAUAUAGAGAGGGAGGGGAGGAGAAAGAGAGAAAUGUCACCCUUGCUAUCUCGGCUGGACUUAGUAAUGAUAUAAUAUUAUAUAGAUACACACAACACUCGGAUAUAUGAAAUGUUCAUUUCGAUUGAACAUUUGAAAAUCUUUCUUGGUGGGGAUUUCGGCAAGUGUUCAAUACAUAGCGACGAUAUACUAUAAUUGAAACGGUCCCCACACAUGCGCGCGUAAGUUUCAAUGAGAUGAUGAGGAUAAUGAUGAUAAUGAUAUGAAGCUCAUGGAAAUCGUACGAGGGCUUUUUGACCUAUAUUCCAGGGAGCGCUUCAAUUAUUCUCUAAGGAUAUAUUGUUAUAAUUUAAAGCCUAUUUUCAAAUUUGAUUUAUGAUAACUGCGAUAUAUGAUAUAAAACUAUUAUAUGACAUAUAACAAUAAAGCAAAUAAAUGAAUAUAACGACGACGAA